AUGGCAUCAAGACAGACAACACACUACUCCGUCAUCGUUCCCGCUUACAGAGAGAACGGAAACAUUCGCCCCCUCAUCACUCGCAUCUUUGCUGCACUUCGCAGAGUGGACUCUCCGGUCCCUGCUGAGCAGACCGAGGUCAUUAUCGUCGAUGACAACUCCAGGGACGGUUCCGCAGAGACUGUCCAGCAACUUCAGCAAGAGGGAUACAACGUCCGCAUCAUUGUGCGGACCACCGAGCGUGGACUGAGCAGCGCGGUAGUCAGAGGCUUCCAGGAAGCCCAGGGUGAUAACAUGCUGUGCAUGGACGCGGAUUUGCAGCACCCUCCCGAAUACGUACCAUCCAUGUUGGCGGCAAUGUCCCCCAGUCAUACUUUCGUCCUCGGAACGCGCUAUGGCAAGGGGGUCGAGAUGGACAAGGACUGGCCGGUGCAUCGAAGAAUCAUCUCAGCCGGCGCACGCGUCCUUGCUUUGCCCUUAACCACUGCUAGCGAUCCUAUGUCCGGUUUCUUUGGUAUACGGAAAGAAGCUUUCCUGAAAGCGCGUAAUCUGAACGCCGGAGGCUUCAAAAUAGCACUCGAUCUCCUCAUCAAAUCGCAGAUACCUCCACACGCUAUUGCCGAGGUGCCCUUCUCGUUUGGCGUCCGAGCGGAGGGCGAAUCUAAGCUCACGGGCAAGGUCAUGAUCAAGUAUCUUGAGCAGCUGGCUGAGCUCUACUGGUACAAGUUUAGCAGCCUGCUCGUCUUCCUCGUCAUCUUCCUCAUCGUCGCCUUCUUCGUCCUCGUACGAACGUGGUUCGGCUCACCAUCACUCGACUCCCAGCAAAAGUAA